AGACACCGUAUUCUACGGGAAGCAUGUUGGCGUGGUCUUGCUCAUGUCGGCACAUUUUAGUUUUUAAAAACACAUUCCUUGCUUAAAUGUGUAAUUUUACAGUGAUUCAUGAUAAUUCCGGACGUUCUCCUUCAAGAAUGAGUAAUGUGGAAUUGUUCGGGAUCUUCAAAAAGGCAGCAAAAUUGACAAAAGAUCCGUGCAAUGGAUGUUGCACUGUCGUGUCCCAGCGGCACUUCGCUCUCUCUCCCCGCUACCUCGGGCGGCUGAAGAAGGGAGCGAUGGAGGCUCUGGAGUCGGAGAUCGGGUAUUAUUCAGAAAGCCUUGGUGGUGUCCCCUUGGCGUACUGCAAUCUGCAACUUCUUCAGCAAACCGGCAACAUUCUUGAUGAUCAACCUUACAUUCAUUUCAAUGUUUCCUUCAAGGCAGUCAUCUUCAAACCUUCCCUUGGAUCCAUCUUGAAAUGUGUGGUUAACGAGCUUGCAAAGGAUCACGUCAGCUGCCUGGUUCAUAACUGGUUCAAUCUUUCACUCCCUCUCCGGGGUUCAGACGCUGAGGAGAGGUUACCUAAAGGGUCAAAGGUCAUGGCAAAGGUCACCAAGAUUCAAGCAAAGAAUGGGAUCCUCGCAAUCCAGGGUACUCCAACAGAAGAAAGGUUCUCAGAUUUGCCGCUUGUGGACCCAUUAAAACAGGAUGUUUCUGAUGGCGAAGGUGCAGAAGAUACCGCAAUGGAGACAGAUGCUCCUGAGAAAAGAAAACAUGACAGUGGUUUCAUAAGCGACCCAGAAAACAGUGCAAAGCUCCCUCUAGAGUCGACAAGUGAGAAUGAUGGAGAGAAUGUUGGAAAGAAGAAGAAAAAGAAGAGGAAAACUGAGGAUAGACAGAUGGAUGACAUCGUUGUUAAAGUAGAACCAGAUCUUGAUGUUAGUGCUGACGGAGGGAUGGAAGGAAUUAUUGAAGGAGAAUGUAUAGAGGGAAAGAAGAAGAAAAAGAAAAAGAAGGAUAAAAAAAGGGGAAAUGAGAUGAACGAUUCAUUAUUAGAGACGACGAUGAAGAAGGAGCCAGGCUGGUCACUGGAUGAGGAUAGUACUAACGUCGUUGAUGAUGGAUCGAACGUAGAGCAAAUCUUGGAGAAAAAGAAGAAAAAGAAAAAGAAAUCAAACAUGGAUGGUGAUGUGGAAAGCAUCGUUGUGAAGACAGAGGUCAUUGAUCCAGAAGAAUUAAUCGACGAUGUAAGUCAGUCGGGCAAAAAGAAGAAGAAAAAGAAGCACAAAGAGAGGGUAUCUGAGAAUUGUGAUCAUAAUAUGAGCAAAGCCGUUGAACCUACCAGUGAAAUCAGAAUCAAGAUAGAGCCAGGAUCGGAUGAUGAUCAGAUGAGAGAAAAGAAAGUGAAAAGUAAAAAGCAUAAGCAAAGACACAUUGACCAUCAAAUAUCAGAAUCUGAUGGUGAGAGUGAAGGACAAAUUGAAAAGCAAAACAAAUUGAAGAGGAAACACAGUGAUGUGUUCUGCAAUGUGAACGGAGGUGGUGAUCAUGGUGAAAGGACUACACAAAAUGAAAUACAUGGGACUAAUGAAGGAAUUGACAGUGUUCCCAAGAAGAAAAAGAAGAAAAAGAAACACAUUAAGGAAGAGGUCAUAUAAAACUGGUCUGUUUUAUCAAAGUAAAAUAUAUUACGAAACAACCCAAAUUCAUUUUGAUGUCUUCCAUUUCUUGCACUCUCUAAAGGCAAGUAUGAACUAAAAUUAAAAAAUGUCUUUCGUGAUUUUAAAAUACACACGGCUGUCCAUCCACUUGAGUACCAAGUUUUCCAUGAUAAGAUAAACUGAAUUAAUGGAAUUCUAGAAGAAAUGGAAUUCACAGAAAUUCACAAAAAGCACAAUUUUCAGGCAAAUAAUUUGAGUUACCAAAUAUGCAUUGAAAAUCAUGAAAAUCAAACCAAAUUCCCAUACACAAAAUUCAGCAUGAGUGCCUCUGUUAUUAGCCUAUAAUCUAGGUGAACACUGGAGCUCAUGUCUUUGCUGUUUUACUCAACUAAGCAAAAAGUCUGAUGUGACAAGACCACAAACAGUGACUGCAUCUAUUUGUAGUCUUUCACAUUAGACUCAUAGCAGGGGUCCGUUGCAGAAAGAGUUGCGUUUAAACGCAAGUCAAAAAAUCAAUCGCAAGUCCCAAAUGCGCGCUGUUGAUUGGUUGAAAAUCAAGUUGCGCAUGAUUUUUAGACUUGCGAUUGAUUGCAACUCUUUCUGCAACGGGCCCCUGGGGAAAGAUAGCUACAGUAUCCAUCUAGAUUAUAAGCUACUGUCACAAUUACAUAUCUCACACCAAAUGGUGGAACUGUUCAAACUUAUAAUCGGGUAAUAAUGGAUAAUUUUCUUGAAAAUGUCAGAAAGCUGGCCAACUUCAAUUUUUGAAGAAAUAUGAUAUUUAUAUAAUCUUUCUUGCAUAGAUACAUGUGUAAAUUAUGUAUUACGCCAUUUAGCAGAACAGUGAAUAAAGUGCCUCACAACC